AGCCUCUGUGUUCGAGAGUGUUCUGUGUGUGUGUGUGUGCGUGCGUGUGUGUGUGUGUGUGUGUGUGUGUGUAGAGGCUGGUCUGGAGUCUCUCAGCCUCACCUGCCAGACAACAUCUGCUCCCUCCUCAUCCUGUCUGCUAUAUUCUCCUGAAAUUUCCAUCUCCAUCUUGGCCAGCCCAGACAAUGCCUCCCAACCUCACCGGCUACUACCGCUUUGUCUCGCAGAAGAACAUGGAACAUUAUCUGCAAGCCCUAAACAUCGGCAUGGCCUUGCGGAAGAUAGCACUGCUGCUCAAGCCAGACAAGGAGAUUGACCAUCAGGGCAACCACGUGAUAGUCAAGACCCUCAGCACCUUCCGCAACUACAUUCUGGAAUUCGAUGUGGGAGUUGAGUUUGAAGAAGAUCUAAGGAUCGUGGAUGGACGAAAAUGCCAGACCAUAGUAACCUGGGAGGAGGAGCAGCUAGUAUGUGUGCAGAAAGGGGAGGUCCCCAACCGAGGCUGGAGACACUGGCUGGAGGGAGAGAAGCUGUAUCUGGAACUGACUGCAAGGGAUGCAGUGUGCGAGCAGGUCUUCAGGAAGGUCAAAUAGCCAGACUGCACCGGUCCCCAGGCUCCUCCUGGGGAGGAGGCCUUGUACCCCUGCAAGCCAGAUUGUUCCAGGUCAGCAGUCCCUUUUUCUGGGCCACUUACUCUCCCUCCAGGUCCUUCCUCCCUCCUCCCCAUGUUAAUCUAUAACUUGUAGCCCCCAGGCCAAAGUCUUUUGUCACACUCCACUGCCUCACAUCUGGUUCAAGUUCUGGCCUCCUGGAUGAAAGAAACAGGCAAAGGGGAAAGACCCCUUGAGAACAGUGGAUCUCAACUCUCUUCAUUUCAUUUGGUUUCUUCUUUUCCAUCUAAGAAAGAACUAAGCUUUGAGCAUUUGAGGACUAGUAAGAACUCUUCCCCAUGAAACUUCUGGAAAACUGAGUUGGGUUCAAGAAUGUAAACAGGAGCUACUGGUAGA